AUGGCAGCAGCUGCUGUAGACACUGGAAGGAUAGCUGGCCACCUGGGCCUUGCUGAAUCCGCUGUGAACACCAUCACCACCGAUCCAACGCCGGAGCUCGUCGCAUCCUUCCUUCAAGCCUUGGUUGCCAAGGCGGAUGAGUUUGAUGAAGUAUACAAUGCCAAGCUCAUGCUCGAGGUCGAGUUGGAGAGCGCACACCGCAAUGCCGAAGAGAGAUGCCGAAACGCCAAAGCGACCGCCGACAAAGCGCUAAAGGACGUCGAGGAGAUACGCCAGAAACUCCACGAAGAAGAGACGAAACGCCAAAAUGUCGAAAACGAGCUGCAAUCCCUCAAGUCAAGGGGAUCCGACCACGACUCCGAGAUCACGACCUUGCGCGAUCGCAUCGAAUCCCUGCAGUCUUCAAACAGGGCUAACAUGGCACUCCUAGAAUCACGCAAUGCGCGCGAUUCUGAGCUGUCCGACGAGCUCGCCAAGCAGCACCAGAAGAACGUUCAGCUCAACAAGGAAAUCACAUCCCUCCAGACUUCGCUCCAAGCCGCUCAGGCAGCCGCCAGCAGCGCCAAGUACCGCGAGGACUCUGUUCAGCAACAACUCGAUCUCGCCCGGCGCAACGGCGAGUGGUUUGAAAAUGAACUCAAGACGAAGAGCGAGGAGGCUUUGAAGUACCGCAAGGAAAAGGGAGCGCGCAUCGCUGAACUGCAGCGUCAGAACGAAGAUGCCAAGUCCGAGACCGAAGCCCUCAAACGAAGCGAACAGCAACUGCGUGAUCGUCUUGAUGCGGCGCGGGCCAAGGCCGAAGAGGCCCUCACCAAGCUGCAGCAACAACAGGAAGCUUUCGCGCGCACUGAAGAGAGCUACAAGCAUGAGCUGGAGAGCAAACAACGCCUCGUCGAUAUGGCCAACCAGCUGACGAACAACCACAAGACGCGCGUUCAGCAACUCGAGGGCGAGCGCGAAAGCCUCAAUCAGAAGCACGUCAAUGAUAUCAAGCGCCUUCAGCAGCAGCUCGAGCAGGAGAAGGAGAACUGUCGUAUCCUAGAAGAACGCGUUGGUCAACUCGAGGGAGAGAUUGACGAACUACAGGUGCGCAUGGAACAAGCGCCUCAGCCUGCGUCAGCUCCCUCCGCCCCUUCCACUCCACGCCCCAACGGUUCACUCGCUGUCCGAGCCGCGUCGCCUUUCGCGACCCCGGGCUCUGUCCGCAGCAGGACUGCCAUCACGGCCACUCAGGCGAUCGAGGAGCUGUACAAGGUGAAGGGACAGCUCGCCGGCGAGAAACGACGGAACCAGCAAUUGGCAGAAGAACUCGACAACAUGAUUUCGGUUCUAGAAGCCAAGACACCCGAAAUCGAGGAACUUCAAGCCGAAACCGAUGCUUUGAGGGCUGAGAUCACCAAGAUGUCACAGCUGUCAGAACAGAGCUACGAGGAGCGCGAUGCCGCCAAGAAGUCAGCUCGCAAGGCUGAGAGCGCCCUCUCUACCACAAGGCGGAGGCCCAGAUCCUCCGCAACCAGCUCCGCGACCUCAGCACCCAGAUCCAAAUGCUUGUGUUCAACAUGCACGCCCGCGAGAAGGGUCUUGAGCAGCUUACCCGAGAGGAAACCCUCAGGCUCGAACAGCUGUCUCGAGGAGCUGCAGGAGAAGAACCAGGAACUACUUCGGGUCACCCGAGACCUUGCCGACAAGAUGGAAAAUGAAGAAGCUCGUGCGGCAAAGGACCAGGCGGCCCACGACAGCAAACUUGUGGACGAACUCAAGACGCAGCUCGCCAAUCUCGUAGAUGAACGCCAAUCCCUGCGCACAACGACAGAAAGUUUCAAGACCGAGCGCGAUAUGUUCCGUCGCUUGUUGCAACAGAAGAACGUUUCCGGCGAGCUGGAUUCGAUUCUUGGCAGCCCCAUCAACGAUGGACAGCGUCACCCUCUUGUUAGUAUCGAGGAUGAGCAGGGUGAUAGUGUGUCACCUCAGGUGGCAUUGCGAGACCUUCAGGCUCAGUUUGACUCGUACCGCGAUGAUGCUGAGGCUGUCAGACAGUCUCUUCGGGACCAGGUUGACAAGGUGUCUGGGGAGAAGAACGCUCUGCAGGCAGAGGUAGCCAAGAUUUCCAGUCAGCUCACCCUGGCUACCGAGAGAUACGAGAUGCUGCAUUCCAACUUUGUGGCACUCCAGACCGAUAACAAAGAACUGCAGAAGCGUUCCCAGGUGCUUUCCGAAGGCGCUGCCAAGCAGGACAUUCGCACACAGCAGGUUGCGGAGGAACUUAUCGAGGCGCGUGGUCUCGUCGAAAGCAUGCGCAAUGAAACGGCGAACCUCAAGGCAGAAAAGAAACUGUGGAAGGAUAUUCAGGACCGACUCAACCAGGACAACGAAAGCCUCGUGCAGGAAAAGGCCCGACUCAAUGGUCUCCUUGCCACGCACCAAUCUCUUCAGAACGAACGCGACAUCAGCGAAUCCGAAGCACGCCGCAAGUCUCAGUCCAGGAUUGAGAGCCUGGAGUCCGAGCUCUCUGAUACGAAGCGGAAGCUGUCCGAAGAGGUUGAAGAGGGAAAGAAGCUGCAGCUGAGGAAGGAGUUUGAUGCUAGGGAGGCACAAAAGCGAAUCGAUGAGCUCUCUGGCAACCUGAGCCAAAUUCGCGAAGAGCACGUCGCCGUAAAGACGAGCCGCGAUCAUCUACAGGCCCGAGUGGACGAAUUGACGAUCGAGCUUCGUAGCGCUGAGGAGCGGUACGGUCGUCUGCAACCUCGUCCGACACCCCGACCCGGCAGUUUCGCCGCCGAGACGACGCAACCCGACCACGACAACGAGAGUGAAGUCCGUGAGCUCAUCAACGAAGUCGCCGAUCUCAAGCGCGACCUCGAGCUUGCCCGUGCUCACUUGGAGAAUGCAAAGGAGCAGGCUGAGCAAUACAAGAACCUCAGCGAAGAGAACGAGAAGGCGUUGUCCGAGUUCACUGAUUCGCAGGAGCAGUUCCAGCACGAGAUCGAGACGACUCUACAGGCUAAGGACGCGAAGAUCAAGGAACUUGAGCAGCGUGUUGAAGAUGUGUCUGCUGAGCUGGCCAACUCUAACAAGGAGCUCUCGGCUCUCAGAGACGCACAAGGCGAGGUGGCUCGCAAGUUCGAGGACGAGAAGAAGAUUCUCGAGGAAGAACUCGAGAGGCUCAAGGCGACCGCUGAGCGCCAUUCGGAAGCUGCCAAGCAUCAUCGAGACGACAUGCGUCUUCAGCAAGAAAUUACGACCGGAAUUCAGAGAGACUAUGAGCAUGAGCUGAUGAAGCAUGCCGAGGCCGCGCAGCAAGCGCAGCAGCUGCGCGCCGAGUACAACCAGCUCAAGAGUCAAACAGCAACUCUGAGGGCCGAAGCCGAAUCGGCCAAGGUCACCCUUGCGCAGUCUCAAGGCUCAUGGGAAGACAGGCGACAGCACCUAGAGCAGGAGAUUGCCGAACUCAAGGCUCGUCGUGAUGACGCCAACGCGCAGAAUAAGCUCCUACAUCAACAGCUUGAGAGUGUUACUGCACAGUUUUCCGCGCUCAAGCAGAACCGGACAUCGACCAUCGACAAUGCGGACUCUCCCGAGGGAGGAGGGUCUUCCGACAACGCCAUCGACGGCCUGCGUGAACUCAACUCGUACCUGCAGCGCGAGAAGGACAUUCUCGAAGUCCAGUACGACCUCAAGGUGCAAGAGUCGAAGAGGCUGCAGCAGCAGCUCACCUACUCACAGUCACAAUUGGAAGAGACACGUCUCAAGCUCGACCAGGAACGCCGAACCGCAGCCGAGAGUGGCCAGAGUUCCCUCGCUCACAAAGACCUUAUGGAGAAGAUCAACGAGCUCAACCUUUACCGCGAAAGCAGUGCCACUCUACGCAAUGAGCUCACGCAGUCCAGAGCCCAGAUUGCCGAGAAGAACGCCAAGAUUGAGGAGCUUGAAGGCAAGGUCCAACCGUUGGAGGCCAAGAUUGAGGAGAUUGAAACGCAGAAGGGCUUCCUCGAGGAAGAGAUCAAGCAGAUCCAGGAGGACCGCGACCGUUGGCAAAAGCGCACCGAGGGCAUGUUCACCAAAUACGGCCGUGUCGACCCCGCCGAGAUGGAUCAGCUCAAGCAGACGGUCACCGACCUUGAGGCCGAACGCGAUGCUCUCAAGGAGGCCGAAGCUCCCCUGCGGUCACAGCUGGAUGAGAUCCAAAAGGCUCUGGAUGGAGAGCGGAGCAACUGGCAGAACACACGCCAGAAACUCACGGAGCAGUUCAAGGAGCGAUCAAAGAAGCUCUCGGGUGACAAGAAUGAGGCGAUCGCAGAGAGGAACAACAUCCAGGCUCAACUGGAUGCUGUCAAGUCCGAACUUGAGCAGGUCAAGAAUGAGCUGGGCGCUUCGAGCACACAGGAUGAGCAGGUGCGACAGCUCCAGGAACAGCUGAACGCAGCGAACAACGAAGUGCAACGGAUCCAGCAAGAGCUCGAGGCUUCAUCGUCGCAGAAGUCUCAGUACGAACAACAGAUUUCGUCGUUCCAGCAACAAGUUCAGCGUCUACAGCUGGAGGCCCAGGCGAGCCAAUCGACACCCACUCAGCCGUCAGCAGCGAACACCGACCCGUCGGGCUCCGCUUCCGCAGAUGUGGUUGCGCAGUUGGAGCAGAACCUGGCGAAUCUGCGCAAUGAGCUCGAAAACAUGACAGCGCAGAAGCAAUCUGCCACACAAGAGCUCGAGAGCCUGCGUUCCGAGUUGCAGAGUGCCGUCUCGGCCAGAGACGAGGCGCAGAAGAAGGCCAGCGAGCUGGCUCAGCGACAAAGCGAAACCGCCGAUGCAUCGCAAGCGUCUGUCGAGUCUGGCGGUGUUACCGCCCAGACUGUGCACAACACCCUGUCAGAUGAGGAGCGCAAGGCACUAGAGGACAAGAUCGUUGCGGCUGAAGCCAAGGCUUCUGAAUAUGAGACUAAGGCAUCCGAGUGCGAAGCCAAGAUGAAGGCCAUCGAGGAAAGUCAGAAUCAAACGCUUAAGGAGCGAUCCGACAAGAUGAAAAACGCUCUGAAUGAUAGGCUGCGCCAAGACAGGCAGAAAUUGGAGCAGGAAUUCCAGACCAGAGUCGACCAGGAGAAGAUUAUCUGGCAGGCAGAACACCCUGCCGCUGCGCCCUCCCAGGAACAGCCUAUCGCCUCGACACCGGUCAAGAAACAAGAGCCCGAGCCGCCAUCAAACACACCGACCGCAAACGCUCCACUUUCUGAUGGCGAGGUACGGAAACUUCUCGCAACCAACCCCACUGCUAAGAGCAUCUUUACCGCAAACCUUAAGAAGAAGCUUGAGGAGCACUCGGCCAAAGCAGAGACUACGCUCAAGGCGGAAUACGAGUCGAAGAUUUCAACAGCGAGGGAGGAAGGCCAGGCACUCGCGCAGAAGAAGUCAGCCCUGCAGAUCAACAUGAGAGACAACCAGGUCAGGGCAGCAAACGCUAAACUGGAGGUUGUUUCCACAGCCGCGGCCAACACACCCGCCAGGCCAGUUGGCGAGGUCUGGGAAGAGGCAAAGGUGGCUAAGCCCGCGCCUGCGCCUGCCGCUCAGCCAACUCCUGCGCGUGCUCCGGCUAAUGCCCAGAUCAACAACACGCCUCGCGUUGCUUCUGGAUCGCCUGCGCCUGCGCCGGCGACUGCUCCGACAAAUAAUUCUGGUAAGUCCAAGUCAUCACAACUGAGCAGUGCAUCUACUUACUCUGCUAUAGCCACUCCGAGCAAGCCACCGCCGGCACAGGUGACAGCGACUGGACAGAAGCCGGUGACGGCAGCUGCCAGCGGCAUUCCUCAGCCACCAGGCCAGAAGGCCGCAGUCGCCACCACUGGCGAAGCGCCGACAACCACACCAGCCGCGGCAAAUCCUUUUGCUGCCAGCGGAACGCCUCCAGUCUGCCCGCGAACCCGUUCGCCAAUGCUGCUACAGCAAACGCAACAGCGACGACAACAACAGGGCAGGCUCAGCCAAAUCAACCUACGGUCAGAAGUGGAAUCCCAGUCCCCGGUCGCGGCGGUGCUGCCGGACGAGGAGGCCGUGGCACGUAUCAAACACCCGGCCAACGUGUGUCGACUGGUGGUCCGAACGAGCGAGGGGGAUUUUCCGGCCGAGGUCGCGGCCGCGGCGGACACCAGCAGGGAGGCGCCUUGA